CGCUUCUAAAUUUUCAAGAAGAACGUCUUCGGAAAUUCGACACUUGAAGAGGACAACGAUGAACUUCAAUCCAAUCAGAAAACUCGUGAGUGGGAAUAAGAGCAGAUUGAAAGACCAUCAGAUCGGAGUCGAGUUGGACCUAUGCUACCUCACUAACCAAAUCAUCCUGAUGGGAUUUCCUGCCAGUGGGAUAGAAACCAUUUACAGAAACUCACGAAAGCAGGUCAAACGCUGGUUAGAGGCCCGUCAUGGUCUCGAUUAUACCAUCUAUAACUUCUGUCCUCUGACCGAAAACCACUACGAUAGCUCAUUUUUCAAUCAUCAAGUCCACAGGUUUCCGUUCCCCGAUCAUCAUCCACCUCCAUUGUCGAUGAUCCCUUUAUUUGUGUCAGAUAUCGCCUCUUUCCUUGCGUCAUCCGACUCGAAUAUGGCGGUGAUUCAUUGCAAAGCCGGUAAAGGAAGAUCAGGGACGAUGUCGAUUUCGUAUCUGAUGACUCUAGCAGCCUUGCCCGAUGAUCCUAAUUUAGACCCAACCGACUCUCGUAAAGCAUUGAUCGACACUUCCAACUCCCAAGAUGCCUCUGAUCAUACUAAACCAAUCUCCCCGAAUGACACUCUGCUCCAAGUCGUCCCGGCUCCAUCUACUUCUCCCCUCGUAGAGCUCAUCGCCGAAAAUCCGAGUAUACCAAAUCAAAACUCGCUGCUCGAUUUUCAUCUCCCUUCUGACGAAAGCCAACAACACCAAUCAAACUCAUUUGAUACAAAAAACUUGAAGCUUGAAGAUCUCUCAGAAAUUGGUCAAGAGACAGGAUCGUUGGAUAAGGAGAAGACAGGAGACUCUGAUAAGACACCAACAGGCCCAAGACAAGCCAAAAGAUUUGAGAAUACGAGGACGAAUGCGGAGUUAAUGGCGGGGCGGAUUUCGGAUCUCUUGCGGUACCACACCGGGCGACGGAUGCUGGAUCCCAAUUCGACUCGCCAUGGGGUCAGCAUCCCAUCCCAAAGAAGAUGGCUUGGUUAUUGGGGCGAGGUCUUGUUGGGAAACGACGCGCGCUUGUUCUUGAACUCCUCCCUGCCCUUCAAACCCGCUCAUGUCGAAAUUAAAUGGAUCAAAAUCCUCCUCAAUCCGUCCGAACAUUACUUCAAUCUGCUCACUUUUAAAACUAAGAUUGCUGUUCAACUGGCACAUUACAAGAGCUCGUAUAUCGACAGCAUAGAUCGAGCAACCCACCAUCUGGAGCAAGAGAACACAUUUCCUAAGGCCCAGUUCCUCGAUCCCCACGACCAUCCUCCUGAUCAAGAUCCGUCUUCAGUCAGAGAAUCACCAGUCGAGAUGGAUAUCGAUUGGGAAGACUCCUCAGAUUUGGUGCUCAAAUUCGCCUCUUUUGGUGAAAAUCCUUCGCAUCCUCCUCCUCCUUCUUCUUCUUCAGAAUCUGCAAGAAAUCCUUCUUUUUUUGAUGGAUCUUCCUCGAUCGGGACUCAAUCGAGUUCGACGAGUGUCCGUCCGGAGAGUAUAACGAACAUACGGGGCCCGAAGCCGCACGAAGGACGAAAAGAAGACGAGAAUGGGCAUCCAAGAAGUUCGCCGUCGAGAUCGAUGAACCAAGCGCAAAGCUUGAGAUCAGAACAAGAGCAAGAAGAAGAAGAAAGAUGUUCUCGACUGUUGACACCGGUGCGAUUGUAUCCAAACCCGCAAUCGGCUUCCAACUCGAAAGACUUGAAGAAAAAAGUCAAGGGUUCUCAAGCCAUUCAAAACCUUGGCGGGGUCAAAAUCGAUCCGACCCGUGAAGUUCAAUGUAAAUUUGUCGUCGGCUCAACGGGCUCUAAACAUGCUUCCCUGAUGACCGAUGUGGUUUCAUUAGGAUACUUGUGGUUCAUACCUGCGUUUCAUUCAAAUGAUCACUCGCCCAUUUUGUCUGAUCAACUCAACCAAUCCACUCCCUCCUCCUCAAACACCCAUUCUUCCUCUUCCGCUUCUUCAUUUAAUCAUCAGCAGCACCAGUACCACCAUCAUCAUCAUCGUCAAGGAGAAAUAAUCACCCAUUUCGAUAACCAUCAGAUCGACUUUUGUCAUCUUAAUCUCCUCUCUCAUGUGCAAAUUUGUUGGCAAUUCACUUCUAAUUAACUUCUUUUUUUCUCUUUUCAAACAUAUGUAUCUUUAAUCGUGUUUGUACUUCCUUUAUUAUUUAUUGAGAAAAUUAACAUAUUUUAUGGACUGUUUUUUUUUUUUUUUCUCCAAAGCAGAUUAUGUAUUGACAUUCAAACCAUUCAAAGAUGUUGUGUAGUAUUACUUUAACAGUGUUGUGGAUCAUGUACAUAAUUUCUCUUACAUUAAAUAGCAUCUACAUCAAUACAUGCAUGUAUGUACAACACACAACUAACUUUUCUCUUAUGAUGAUAAUCAAACACAUAUAUGUAUCUAAAUAUAUGUAUGCUAGACUACAGUGGCCCAACCAAUUUUCUUGUCUAUGGUCACCAGCAAACUGUAUUUGGGCCUAUGAAUCUAAUGGUGGACAGCAGAUGGG